GCAAGCAUGGUUUGGAACAUGUCCUCAGACGUCAUGCCCCCCAUGAAGUUAAUACUGACUCCGUCUGCCCAGCGAGCAGCCAUGCAUCUCCUCUUCACAAAGCGCCAUUGCGACUGACCCGGCGCAUUGCGACGACGCUGCUUCCAUUGACGCCUGCGGACGACACAGUUUUGCGCCUACCCCGCAAUCAUGCCUCCCAAACCACAGACCGACAUCAUCGAGGACAUCGGGCCCGCAAAGAGCAAGGCGCAGAUCCUUACCGAUGUGUAUUCUCUUGCCAUGCAGUUUAGCACCUGCGUCGAGGCCUUCAAUCUCAUACAUCCGUCCAAGGACCAUGAUCGUGCCCAGAAGGUUGCCCUCGCCAAACUCGGCCUCCAGCAGGGCAGGCUGCUCAUCUUUGGGGAUGCAGUGGGCAUCUCUGCUCCACCAGCGAACAUUGCGAAGCACAUGAUCCCCAGUCACCCUGGCCUUACGAACCCAGAGCCGCAUCUGCCUAUAAAUUUUGGAAUCCGGGAUCCUAGACUGGAUGAUGAGGUCAUUAAUGCAAAGAUCAGGAAGGCACUCCAUGAGAUUGCGGGCAGGCCUGUGGGCAUGUCUCGAGAAGAGUUGAUGAACGUGUACGGAAUGAAAACCCCAAAGGGCUUCAUCAAGAUCGAACAGCCGGCCCUGGACACCAACCGUCUCGAGGGCUUCCGCGAGAAAUACGCCCUUCUCCAGGACCUCCUCAGGCAGACGGGCGCCCGCGCCAGCAUCAAGCGCAAUGUGAGCAUGACGACGAACCACUGGACGGUAAAGGACGGCGCGCGCUUCAACCACUUUGUGAAGAAUGUUCGUACAGAAGUCGACGCGCUGAUCGAACUCAUGGGCGUGAAAGAGCAGGUGGAUCGGGGCACCCGGUCUGAUAUUCGAUGCAUGGCGUGGCAUCCUGACCUCACCGGACCGAUUGUGCAACAUGAUUGGGAGAAGCUGCGUCUCAUUCGGGAAGCUUGUGAAGUCGAUUAUCCAGAGUAUAUCGAGGUCGUGGACACGGCACUCAAUUACAUCAAUGAGGAACUCAAGGAAACGAGCCUUGCGAAACGCCGUGCAAGCUUGGGUCUCGUAGACGGCUCUGACGGGCCAGCUGCCGGGCGCCGCAAAUCAGACUACGACAUACGCUCCGUCCCACCCAAAGUAGCAGCAGCAGCCGAAAAGACACACCUGCAGCAAUCUGCCGAGCGAGCCCUGGACCCCAAAGCCGGCAAAGAAAAGCGGCCACACUGGCUCUCCGCUUUCAAGUACAAGUCCUGGUCCAAGAGCAAAUACGACAAGGCAAACUCGAAGAGCAAACCCAGCCCCCACGACGCCUCAAACAUGCAACGCUCCCAAUCCCUCUCCGAAGCCAAACCAAAACCCACCCCAUCAACAACCCACCAGUCCAUCGCCCCAGAGGAAGAAAGCAGCCACGCCCUCGAGCCCGUGCGCUCCAAAUCCCUCUCCGCCAUGCCCGACGAGCCAGCCCACGACCUCGACUCGCGCGUCCGCAACCUGUCCGUCACGAGCGACACCAUCAAAGCGGACUUGGCCGCUGCCGUCCAGGAGAACGCCGGCGAAGUACUGGAAAAGCAUAAUCCGCUUGUGCAGGUGGAUACGGCGAGUAGUGAGGGUGCGCAACAUGAGUUGUCUGGCGUGACGACGGUGAACAGUCUGAUUGAUCGGCAUGAUAUGUACCAGGGCAUGGGCCGGAUUGAAACGCGGGAUAUCCGGGAUAAGGCGCAUGAGUAUGGGAUUUAGGCUUGUUUGGAUCAGAGGAGAGAGGAGAGGAAGGAUGGGAGUUUUCUUUUCUUUUGGCUGUUAAUUAGGAUACCAAGUUGAGUUUUGUUUUGUACAUGCGCAGAGAAGGUAGGUGGGUACUUCUACCGCUAAUUUCAUCGCUGCUAUGCAUGCAUGGCCUAGUAGGCCUUUGAUAUAAGAUUUCUGCUUGCUAUGCUGCUUCGUGUCGUUUUCUAAAUAACACCUUUUUGUUGAUGGUAGGCUUACGAGCUGCAUUCCCGCGCUGCAAGAGCGGUCUAUAUAAUCGCGACUAUACUUUGGGAUGGGGCGAGAUAUCACCCGUUUCAGAGGUAUUUAUCAAGAGUAUCCUGUUGAGAGUUGCUAGCAUUAGGGACUAGCUUCUUGUUAUACUUGUAUGAUCUGCGUUAAUAAUGCGACU